ACCUUUCAUCAGGAUGCCAUUGGCACGAAGCAGCAAGUGUUGCAUAUUCAUCGUCCAAGACACCGGCUAGAGGGCCUCCAAAAAGCCUGACUAUUUUUUUUGUUCUCAGAGCAAGGAAAACAACCCCUUCCCUUUUCAAGUCCCUUGAUAAGGGUUUCUGUCCAAUAACGGUGCUCUCUGCUCUGAGGCACAUUUAACUGUGAAGUUUGCAGCGGGAGAGGCUUUCCUUCAAGCUGUUAGUGUUUUAUCCUGGCAGGCUCCUCGAAGUUGUUGUGAGGAGUCUAGCCAGUUGGUGAGCUUUGUAAUCUAAACCAGCUGUCCCAGGCUGAGGCCCCCAUUUGCAUUGUUUAACAUACUUAGAAAAUGAAGUGUUCAUUUUUAACAUUCCUCCUCCAAUUGGUUUAAUGCUGAAUUACAGAAGAGAACUAAGCAAAACCAGGUGCUUUCUCUGUAUUCUCUCCAGUGUCUGAGGAGGUACAGACGGCUCCCGAUCUUCUCCAUUACUUGCUAUUUCAUUCUUUGGACUAUAAAUGACUGAGGAACUGGAGUGCUAGCAGAGGGUAAUGUUUGGAAAAACUUUCUAGUUAUUCAUCAGCACAGACUCUGUUGUGUUUUUUUUUUCUACCUUUCCCCAACGGUUUUGGACAUGCAAGGAUUAAAAAGGAUACUGACUGCUUUCACACUGGCCGUCUGCCUUUCAAGCCCUGGAAAAGCACAGCAACAAUGCACUAAUGGGUUUGACCUGGACCGUGCCUCUGGGCAGUGCUUAGAUAUUGAUGAAUGUCGGACUAUUCCUGAGGCCUGCAGAGGAGAUAUGGUGUGUGUCAACCAGAAUGGUGGCUAUUUAUGUGUACCCCGAACAAACCCAGUGUAUCGGUCACCAUAUCUGAAUCCUUAUUCAAAUAUUUAUCCACCGCCCCCAGCACCAGGCCCGGUUCCUAACUACCCUACUGUUACAAGACCUCUGAUCUGUCGAUUUGGUUACCAGCUGGAUGAAAACAAUCAGUGUGCUGAUGUGGAUGAGUGCGCUUCAGAUUCUCACCAGUGUAACCCCACCCAGAUCUGCAUAAAUACUGAGGGCGGCUAUACCUGCUCCUGCACUGAAGGCUACUGGCUGUUAGAAGGCCAGUGUUUAGACAUAGAUGAAUGUCGCUACGGCUACUGCCAGCAGCUGUGUGCCAAUGUGCCCGGUUCCUACUCCUGUACGUGCAACCCAGGCUUUACCCUUAAUGACGAUGGAAGAUCAUGCCAAGAUGUGAAUGAAUGUACAAGUGAAAACCCUUGCACUCAGACCUGUGUCAAUACCUACGGCUCUUUUCUCUGCCGCUGUGAACCUGGCUAUGAACUGGAAGCUGAUGGAGUUAACUGCAGUGACAUGGACGAAUGCAGCUUCUCAGAGUUCCUCUGCCAGCAUGAAUGUGUGAAUGCACCUGGUUCUUACUACUGUACCUGUCCUUCGGGCUAUAACUUGCUUGAUGAUAGCAGAAGCUGCCAAGAUAUCAAUGAAUGUGAAACCAGAAACUUCACCUGCACUCUGCAGCAAACGUGUUUCAAUAUCCCAGGAGAAUAUAAAUGUUUAGACCCAGUAAGAUGCGAGGAUCCUUAUAUCCAGAUUAAUGAGAACCGCUGCAUGUGCCCAGCUGAAAAUGCCGGUUGCAGAGAUCAGCCAUUCACCAUCUUGUACAGAGUGAUGGAUAUGGUGUCCGGACGGUCUGUGCCUUCUGACAUUUUUCAGAUGCAAGCAACAACUCGCUACCCUGGAGCAUAUUACAUCUUCCAAAUCAAAUCAGGGAAUGAGGGCAGGGAAUUCUACAUGCGGCAAACGGGACCGAUCAGCGCUACUCUGGUGAUGACCCGUCCCGUGAAGGGGCCCCGUACUAUUCAGUUGGACUUGGAAAUGAUCACUGUUAACACCGUCAUCAACUUCAGGGGAAGCUCUGUCAUCCGGCUGAGGAUAUACGUAUCACAGUACUCCUUCUAAACCUUGAGUUUGUGCCCUGGAAACAUUAAAAUAAAAGAGACGGUUCCUCCUCUGCAGAACUCUCUCCUCAGAAGCCAGUACGUAUAGCAGCUCUAAACCAAACCAGUAUUUCCACAGACCCGGUGACCUAUGCCUGUCUGAGGAGGGAGGCCUCUUCAUGCACAGUCCCUACCAGGAUGCAGACAUCUGAAGAUGUAUCGUCAGCAGAUCCCAUAUGAUUCUCUAUGUGGUCAUAUAUUUUAAGGACUAUUCCUUCCCUUGUAAACACUUCUAGGGUAUGAGUCUAUGUUUGAAAGACUGUGAACCUUUGUAGCUCCAAGGCUGCUUAGCAAAAAGCACCAAAGAAACUGAGGAAAAAGCUGGCUUUUGCAAUCUUGCCUUUUUUUUUAAUUAUAAAUGGAAAGCAGACAAACACGCAGAAGCAGAAACAAAAAGCCACCUACUGAAACAAGGGAUCUCAGAAGUGCUAACUUACAUUCCCAAUUAACUCUGGAAUUAUCAGUCAGGCACUGUGUUUCAAUUCACCCUGCAUUUGUCUUAGUUUCACCUGUUUUUUCUUUGAUUCUACUUUAUAGUUAAAAUUCAUUGCAAAUUCAUUCCAAAAUGUAUGUUGUGCUAUGUAAUCUUCUACUUUCUAAAGAAAUCUCACAUGUUUGGGUUCCUUCCUGUAUUAAAUCUUUCUAUAUAACAGA